AUGGCCCUCGGACAGGUCGAGUUCACCGUCCUUCUUACUGUCGUUUCUGGCUUCCUCAUCUUCACCCCAGAACGACUGGUACUCCUCCGAAGCCUCUGCCUCUGGGCCGUCUCCGUCUUAGCCGCCUGGCAUGGGUACGCCUUCUGGAAAGCAAGCCCAUGGGCGCACAGAGUCACUAGUGCCUUCACCACGGGUCGCGGCCUGGAAGACAUUGCAGACCUGGCAUGGAAUGAAGCCGUCGGCACCUUCGUCGAUCAAGCAAAGCAAAACCUGCCCUUGAUCCCGCGGAAGUGCGUCGAGUUUGUCUUCGCCGCCUUCGGCUGGACAAACGUUGCACGUCCUCGAGUGUCUGAAGCUCGUCUCCGCGCUCGCCAUCCGGUUCCGCCUGCACGGAUCCCUCCAAGAUACCUCGCCAUCCUUGUCACGACGCCGCCCAUCCACACCUAUGGACCCGUUAGUGAGAAACUGUACACUACGGCCGAUGAGCCCAAACCGAUCCCGUGGACGUCGACAGAUGCGGAGACCGUCCCUUCGAUGAUGACGUCUCUGGCGUUUAGGCGACACUUUGCGCUUUGCCUCGUCGACGAAAAAGUCUGGAGGUCCAGAAAAACGACCGUCGCAGAGAAGUUGUCGGGCCAGUUGUUCUGGGAUUAUUGUGGCGACAGCGAGACGAACCUCGGCGCCGGGCCAUCUUCCUGGCCCCCGUCUCGCAUCGCGCAAAUAAAUGCUCUACAAGUCCUAGGAGUGGUCCCCGGGAAGGGUGAUGCCACCUCGACUUGCACGUCCUUGUACAACAGGCUGAGAGACCUCUGGGGUGAGUACCUGAACAUCUGGUGGAACGACGCCGACUUUGCGCUGGUCCUCGCCUAUCUCCUGGUCGACUAUGCGGCUGCUCCCUUGUGCUGUGCGAUAAUGCGGCGCAUGCAGGACCUGCGGGACACCGAGGUCACCAAGGCCCGGGGCGAAGCAUGGCGUCGCAAUGCUACGGCCGGUGCCGGCAUGUUUGUCGGCAGCUGGGUGUUGACCGUUGCGACCGGGGGCCUCGCCUUGCCGUUGACCGGGCCAGCCAUGGCCGGCUCGUUUCUGUCGGCUGUUGGCUCUGCUGUCACCGAAGAUGCCUUGAAAUCAGCCGAGCUGACGCGCGGGAACCAAAGGCGGGAGGCAUGCGAAAGGCUUCAGAAGCACUUCCCGCGCCUACAGGAGCUGCUCGCUUGCAGAAGAGAACCCCCAUCUAAGGAGGCUUUCCUGUAA